AAUAAAGCUGUAAGAUAGAAACAGCAGCAGUUGAUGAACUCUGGAAAGAAGAGAAACGGUUUGAAGCUCAGCAGGAACUGCUCAGUAACGGUUGAAGGAAAGUUUGGAGAGAGAAAAGCUACCAGAGAUGUGGAGACAGCAGGUCAAACAGCGACUGGAUGCAGCAGAGGAGCAGAGACACGAAAUACUGGAUGCUGCUUUCAGCCCCGAAGAUUCCGAUGUUCAACUAAUGCUGCUGGUUGAAGAUGAUACUCCUACAGAACAGAGUUCUGAUGUGGACCAGCAGGAUCCAGAGCUGGUUCUGGUAAAGGAGGAGCGGGGAGAUCCCUGGAUCAGUCUGGAGGAAGAGACGCUUAAUGUGAAGGAGGAGACUGAUGAUGCGUCAUUUCCAUUAAAUAUAGUUAUUGUCAAGUGUGAGGAUGAUGAUGAUGGUGAUGGUGAUGAGAAACCUUUGUUCUCACAUCUUCAUCAAGCAGAAGAUGAAGAUCUUCCAAGUAGCAGCAGCAGCUCAACUGAGAAGAAGAAAGCGGAAACUGACGAAGAUGACUGUGAAGUAGCAGGAUCCAGCAGAAGGCUGGAUCGAAAUGCUCGUGGAGACACUUUGAAUUCUUCAGAGACUGAAGAAAGUGAGGAUUAUCAUGAAUCGAAGCUUCCUGACUCUGAGUUGAAACCCUUGUCAGAUUCUGAGCCUGAAACUAAAGAUGUUGACCGUGACUGGGCUCCUGGCUCCGGUGGAAACCUCGUUAAAUCUUUCAGCUGCUCUGAGUGCGGCAAUCAGUUUGCAAGCAAGCGUUCUCUUCAGAGACACAUGACGUGUCAUUCAAUCAUCAGAUCCUUGAACUGUUCGGUCAACAAUAAGUGUGUUAGGAAGCAGAAGAACGUAACUUCCCCAAGGAAAGACCCGAACACUCUGAAAUAUUUUAGCUGUGACUGUGGAAAAAGUUUUACCAGAAGAACAGAUCUGAAGAUUCACAUGAGAAUCCACACCGGAGAGAAGCCGUUUUGUUGUGACGUUUGUGGUCAAAGGUUCAACCAACAGGCCCAUUUGAACCAGCACACCAGAAUCCAUACAGGAGACAAACCGUUUUGUUGUGAUGUUUGUGGGAAAAGAUUUAGUCAAAAGGCACAUUUAAACCGACACACAACAAGCCACUCAGGAGAGAAACCCUUUGAGUGUAACGUUUGUGGCCAGAGAUACAGCCAACAGGCAAAUUUAAACAAACACAGGAGGAGCCACACUGGAGAGAAACCCUUCGGAUGUGAUCUAUGUGGACAACGAUUUAGCCACAAGGAGUCGCACAAAAUCCACAUGAGAUUGCAUUCAGGAGAAAAACCGUUUGGCUGUGAGGUUUGUGGACAAAGGUUUAGCCACAAGGAGUCCCAUAAAAUCCACAUGAGAACACACACAGGAAUGAAACCGUUUGCCUGCGAGGUAUGUGGACAAAGGUUUGGCUACAAGUCAAAUUUAAAAAUCCACAUGAGACUCCACACUGGAGAGAAACCAUUUUCCUGUGAUCUUUGUGGACAAAGGUUUAUCCAGAAGGCAAAUCUGGACAAACACAUGAGAGUCCACAUGGAAGGGAGAGGUGUUUUACUCUGAACAUCAGGAUGGCUCUUAAAAGACACAAGAGUUCAGUCUGCAAAGAUUUGUUCUGAAUUAUUAGCAUGGCAAGGAGCUAUGAUAAUUCAUGUUUAAUGUCUGCAGGGUUCAGAGUUCAUUUGUUCUUCAAACAAUAUUGACAUGCAUUUGUUCCUCUGAAUGAAAUGCCAUAAAAUCAAUGUUCAGAUUUAUAUUUUAGUUGUUUGUCCACAAAUUUGCACCAAAUUUAAGAGGUAAUUUUCAAUGUUUUGAGCACAGAGGUCUAAAUUAUUAUAGCUCUAAUAAUAACCAGUUGAUUUGGCAUAAAAACACAGCUUGGUUUUGAAGUCAGUUUGUUCAGAGUAACAAGUUUGAUGAAUUUCCGGUUCCCUGAACUUCAAGUUUCUGAUUUUUGUAAAGGAGAUUAAACCAAUAAAAUGUUAGUUUCCUGUUUAGGGUUCGCAGUGAGAGAGGAGCCAGGUUUUUAGUUGCAUUUGAUUCUAAACUGGACUUUGUGUGAAAAACACUCAGAUGUCUUUAAAGAAGACCAACAGGAUGGAGACCGUUGCUGCACAACGUUUAAGGUUGGAUGUGAAAGAAAGAAUGAAUGUAAUGACCUCAUUCUGUCUGCAUAAACCCAAAGAUUUCUAAGAAAAAACGAGCAGUUCUAAUAAACCAUAAAUUACUGAA